AUUAGUCCGAAGUCGACCUACGUAGCUCUAUUUUCUUCUAUUAUCACAGAAUGACUAAUUUUCGUGAGUGUUUUGUUAUUUAAAAAUAAGAAUUACAAUAAAAAUUCAAUUCCAUAACACGGAAUAAAAACAUAUUCGAAAAAUUAUCGGGUUUACGAGAAAAACAACAAAACGUUAAGUUUAUCCAAAAAAAAUAGGAUUUGUGGUGCGGUUGCGGUUGUGUUUUCCUCUCUGUUUCGCUACAAAAUAUAAAUAAAACGAUAAUUAAAAACGGCAAAGCAAAAUGAAGAAACAAUUUACGAAAAUUAAAAUAGCAGCUGAAAAUCUUUCAAGAUCGAAUAAACCGGAUCGUAAAGAUUGUGAAUUGGAAUUGAUUGAAAAACAAGUGGAAAAAUAUCGUGAUGUACUCGAUAAAAUGGUCAAAAAAUUGCCCGCGGGUUCAGCCGAUAUUCAAGAUCGCGAUAAACGCAUUAAAAAACAAAGUCAUUAUAAAAUUGGGCAAGCCCUUGAGGAAUCAUCAAAAGAAUUAUCAACAGAUAUGCCACUGCAUCAUGUUCUUUUAAAUAGCGGCGAUCUUGAAAAGUCAUUGGCUGAAUGCAUUGUCGACAGUGAAUUGGAGACAGAGAGUAAAGUGGUGCGGCGUCUUAAAUUAAUUUUAGACAAGGAAAUACAAGAGAUCUCAACGUUGAAACGUAACGUGUCACGUACAUUGCAAGAAUAUGCCUCGAUAACCAGAAAUUAUGAGGCAGCCAAACGUUUGGAUGAGCCUCAGGCGAAAAUAAACAACAUCAAAGACCAGCAGGAACAAUGCGAAGUGAGAUUGGAAAAGGAACGCGAUAUGUGGGCGGCACAAAUGUUUGAACUGAUUGCCAAAGAAGAUGUCAUAGUCCAUUGUAUACGGGACUAUGUGCUCAACCAAAGAAACUAUCAUGAACGUGCUCUGCACAAAGUCAACACCUCACUGGCCAAUAUUCAGGAUAUUAUUGAGUCAACAGUCAAGUCACGAUUCGGUACCUCACUCAACGAUCAUUUGGCCUCGACGAAUCGUCAAAUAUCCUACAUCAUUGAGUUGUGUGUGUGCUGCUUGGUCGAGAAUGGCCUGCACGAGGAGGGUCUGUUGCGGGUGGGCUGUGCCAGUACCAAACUGCGACGCAUGAAACAUGCUCUGGAGGCACAACAUGUCAAAACCCCACUCUCUGUGGACUAUCAAGACCCGCAUGUUAUCGGGUCCAUACUCAAAUUGUAUUUGCGAGAGUUACCCGAACCGUUGCUGACAUUUAAACAUUACGAUGAUUUUAUCCGGACCGUGGAAAGGCAUUCGGAACAGGAACGCAAGGCUGCCAUUAAGGCCACAUUGGAAAAAUUGCCCAAGGCAAAUUAUGACAACUUACGUUAUCUCACCAAAUUCCUGUGGUUGGUUACCCAAAAUGUGGAAUACAAUAAAAUGAGUUCGCACAAUUUGGCCAUUGUCAUGUCACCGAAUAUGCUGUGGCCACGCCGAGAUGAAAACAAUCCCGACGACUAUAUGGGCCAGGUGAAUAGUUCAUCGGCCGUCAAUAUCAUUAUCGAUCUGAUGAUUAAUCAUUGGGACUAUUUCUUUGAGGGUGAUGUGGAUUUCUUUGUUACCCUGCAGCGGGGUAAAUUGUACAUGGAGGAUAAAAGCAAAUCGAAUUCUUCCAAUGAGAAUUUGGAUCGUCAUGACAAUGAUGUUGCCGAAAGUCCACGUUACGGUACGAUUAGACGGCAGAAGCCCUGUGCACCAUCGCCUCCCAUGAAACUGCAAAAUUUAAUGGUUAGUUCCGAUCCCAAUGGUAGCAACACAACGGAGGCAAGCAAAAACAAUGGAGAGCAACACAAUAAUCACCAAAGAGCCAAGGAAUUAUUUCCUUCCAAUGCGGACGGUGGUAAUAGUCAACAGAAUAAUAUUUCACCCAAUAACAAUAAUGGCCAUAGUGAAAAACCUGAGAUUCCUCCAUUACCCAAACAACUGAUACUGCAGCAACAACAACAACACCAGGACAAUUCAUCGACAAAUGCAAAUAACAUAAGUGGCCCCCAGCAAAAUACUGGUCCACCGCCACCGUUAUCUGCCAAACCCGUACCCAUGACACGUACCCAAUUCUUUGGUUUAGAUACCUUGCCCUCACCCACAGCUGAUCGUAAGAGUAAUGACAGUGUCAAUUCGUUGACCUUCAAACCAGAUCUCCCACAAAAGCCAAAAAUUCCCAAACGGCCAAUGGUCUUGGGCCUGACAUCCGUUACAACAACAACAACGAACGCCAGCAAUCGGGGAAGUGAUGAUGAAUCCACCAUGGCGACGACAACACAAAUUAAUAAUGCCACAACAAAUGGUUCAUUCCGAGGCAAUAAAACAGCCGAACAAUUGGUGCAGGAACAUUGUGAUAAUGUAACAGCCUUACAGGCCAACAUAGGCAGUAGUAACACCUCCAUACCCUCAGCCAUAUUAAAGGAGGCCAAUCAUAACAAUCAUAAUUCGGCAACGCAUGAUGCUGUCAAUGCCAAUCAGCAGCCACCACCACCAUCUGUAGUCAAUAAAUUGACAACAUUUAGUUAUAACACCCCCUCGGCCACCAACAACCUCCUUCACACAUCCCAAUCCUCCGCAAAUUCCAAUCAGCACAAUGUUGGUAGUAGUGGUGAUCAAAAUCAGAAAACCGCAAUGGAGACAACGCGUCUAACGCCCACCACCCCGGUAUCACCCAAUAUGAUAAUGACUCCCAAACGACCAACAGUGCCUGCUCCACCCCCGCCUGUUAUUGUUAAGAAACCCGUAGAAUAAGAUGCACUAUUUUAGUUUAGUGAUCCGUGAUUUACAUUUUUCAUUUAUGUUUUGAGUGUUUUUUGUUGUGCGUACGCAUUUCUCUUCGUUUUGCACUUCAAAAUUAAUUUUGAAGAAAAGGCUGGAUUUGUUUUCGCAAAAUUGAGAAAAAUGAAAGGGAAAGUUUUAUAUUUACAGGAUAUUAAUAUCAUACGAAAGAUAAAUACAUUAUUCUGUAUUCUUUUAUUACUUGGAAGUAUUCAAACCAGGAGUUUUAAAAAUUUUUAAUCUGCUAAAGCAACAAAGUAAGCUUAGGUCCGAAAAACAAUUCUAACUAGCCAUGUAAUUUUAUAAAAAUAAUAUUUUAAGUCAACUGAGUAAUUGGGAUGACCCAGUGAAGAUUUUGUAAAAUUUUCCUUUGGGUCAUUGAAUAACUCUUUUAAAUUCGUUUUACAAAAUUUUUGAAAAUAUGUAAAUAAAACGAGCAAAUUAUAAUAUUUAAAUAUAUUAAAGCAUGUCUCUUAUAAA